UCCGCUCAGCCGUCUUCUUAAUGGGUGAAAAUGUUUUUUUCCAGGGCUGCUUGGAACUCAUUCAGCAAGUGCGGAGGACCACGAGUUGCGUUUGACGCCGGCCGCGCGUGGCAAGUGCGUGUCAAAGUUGCGUGAGAUGUCUCGCGGCGGCCAAGAUGACCUACGCCGGGCUCCGAGAUAGCACCGUGACACCGCUCACCCGCCGCUCGCCGUCCACAUGGAGCCAAUCAAGCGCCUGUGCGCGACCGUUGCCGCCGCCAACUGGCUCUGCUCGCUGCUCUUCUGCCAGGCAGUGGCGUGCCAUGACAAGCCGCACUCCCACGCCGAGGAUGAGCUCUUCAAGAGGCUGUUUGCUGGCUACAACAAGUGGUCCAGACCGGUUCCCAACAUCUCCGACGUGGUCAUCGUCAAGUUUGGACUGUCCAUCGCGCAGCUCAUCGACGUGGACGAGAAGAACCAAAUGAUGACGACCAAUGUUUGGCUCAAGCAGGAGUGGAACGACUACAAACUUCGCUGGCAGCCGUCAGAUUAUGACAACGUGACCUCCAUCCGAGUGCCGUCACAGCUCAUAUGGGUCCCGGAUAUCGUCCUCUAUAAUAACGCCGACGGCGAGUUUGCCGUGACCCACAUGACCAAGGCGCACCUGUUCCACACGGGGGCCGUGCGCUGGGUACCUCCGGCCAUCUACAAGAGCUCGUGCAGCAUCGACGUCACCUUCUUCCCGUUCGACCAGCAGAACUGCAAGAUGAAGUUCGGCUCGUGGACCUACGACAAGGCCAAGAUCGACCUGGAGCGCCUGGAGACCUCGGUGGAUCUCAACAACUACUGGGAGAGCGGCGAGUGGGCCAUCGUCAACGCGGUGGGCACCUACAACACCAAGAAGUACGACUGCUGCCACGAGAUCUACCCGGACAUCACCUACUUCUUCAUCAUCCGUCGCCUGCCGCUCUUCUACACCAUCAACCUGAUCAUCCCCUGCCUGCUCAUCUCCUGCCUGACCGUGCUGGUCUUCUACCUGCCGUCCGACUGCGGCGAGAAGAUCACGCUGUGCAUCUCGGUGCUGCUCUCGCUCACCGUCUUCCUGCUGCUCAUCACCGAGAUCAUCCCGUCCACCUCGCUGGUCAUCCCGCUCAUCGGCGAGUACCUGCUCUUCACCAUGAUCUUCGUCACGCUCUCCAUCGUCAUCACCGUCUUUGUGCUCAACGUGCACCACCGCUCGCCCAACACGCACAAGAUGCCGCGCUGGGUGCACGCCGUCUUUCUGGACCUGGUGCCCAGGUGGCUGUUCAUGAGGAGGCCGGCGCCCAACGCCAGGCGCCGCAGGCUGCUGAUGGAGAGGCGCCGGGGCCGAGCGGCUCCCGGGCCGAGCGUCAGCACCUCGGCCACGUGGGGCCAAGAUGCUUCCUCCCGCUCGCUGGAGGAUCUGGAGUUGGGCACUCUGGCGUCCUACGUCUCCUUCCGCCCGCCGUCGCCGCAGCGGCCCGAGACGCCACAGCGGAGCGCCAGGCAGCCGCCGCCGCCGGCUCGGACCUCCGCGAUCAAGCGGACCGCCAGAGAGGAAGCCCCCGCGGCGGACUUCCCGCUCUCGCCGAGCCUCAUCCACGCCCUGGAAGGCGUGCACUACGUCGCCGACCACCUGAGGGCCGAGGACGCCGACUUCAGCGUGAAAGAAGACUGGAAAUAUGUUGCCAUGGUGAUCGACCGCAUCUUCCUGUGGAUGUUCAUCAUCGUGUGCCUCCUGGGCACCGUCGGCCUUUUCCUGCCUCCUUGGCUCGCAGGCAUGAUUUAGAGUUUGACUUCUUUUCCACUCCCCAACCAUCGCUAGCAUGAACAUUACACGUGUACAAUAUUGGAUGCUAUGGUGAAUGUUUCGUUCCUAUGGCGGGUAUAACAAAUGUCAAAUUGGUUCAUUCCAAGUACGUUUCAUAUAUUUAUUAUUGGGGUCACAGCGAGAGGUGAGAGUUAGUCGGGACACGACUUUUUUUUUUUUCUUGGACUACUUUAUUAUCUAUACCGCUACCGUUGUGUCCUAGGUGGCGUCAAAGUAUGUUACACAUUAUAUCUCAAAUCAAACUGUUGACGAGGCUCUCGUUAUUAAAAAUCCUAAAAUGUA